UUACCUCCGGCGCGGACGGACGCGUGCUGUCGCUCUCAAGAGCCGGCAUUAAAAUAACCACUUUGAAAUCGUUUACGCGUCCAUUUCAACAACCGUCCUGAAACUUACCUGGACAGUGUUAGAACUUAGAAGUUAGUCAUAAAACAAUAUUUUGCUACAAUAUUUACUACGUGGAAGUUGUGUGAUAAGAAUGCCGUUCAUUACGUCGUUCUAGUGUGGUGAAAUGGAUUAAUUUGUUAGUUGCCCACCAAUUGUAUAAUGUCGAAGACUCUGAACGCAUACAGAAUAAAGAAGAUCGAAUCCCUAGGCAGGAUGACGGCGAUGACGCAGGAGGAGAUGGUGGCCGGCGCGCGGACUGUCGCCGCCGGCCUCGAGGCCCUGAGGGCCGAACACGCACAAUUGCUGGCAGGCCUGGCCUCUAAUACAGACCACGAGCAUGAAAAGGCAGCCCUGGUCAGGAAGAGCAUCGACGCCAUCGAGCUCGGGCUUGGAGAAGCACAGGUGAUGAUGACCCUCGCCUCCCACUUGCAACUGGUCGAGGCCGAGAAACAGAAGCUCCGCACACAGGUCCGCAGGCUGUGCCAGGAGAACGCCUGGCUCCGCGACGAGCUGGCGGCGGCGCAGCAGCGGCUGCAGGCGUCCGAGCAGCGCGUGGCACAGCUGGAGGAGGAGAACAAGCACCUGCAGUUCAUGGCCUCCAUCCGCAAGUACGACAGCGACGUGAACGAAGAGUCGGACAGCGGGCGCAGCGGGCAGACGGAGAGCAAGCGCGACGACCCCAUGGUCGACCUGUUCCCUGAUGACGACCACGAGGACAACAGGAAUAACAAAUCUAUGUCUCCCACACCGCCGUCGCAGUUCGCGCAGCAAGUCAACGCGGGUUACGAGAUCCCAGCGCGUCUUCGCACACUACACAACCUCGUGAUCCAGUACGCGUCGCAGGGCCGCUACGAGGUCGCCGUGCCGCUGUGCAAGCAGGCGCUCGAGGACCUGGAGAAGACCUCCGGCCACGACCACCCCGACGUCGCCACCAUGCUCAACAUCCUGGCGCUGGUCUACAGGGACCAAAACAAAUACAAGGAAGCUGCGAACCUGCUGAAUGACGCGCUUUCAAUCCGCGAGAAGACGUUGGGAGAAAACCACCCCGCCGUGGCCGCCACGCUUAACAAUUUAGCUGUGCUGUAUGGGAAGCGAGGCAAGUACCGCGAGGCGGAGCCGCUGUGCAAGCGAGCGCUGUGCAUCCGCGAGGCGGUGCUGGGCCGCGAGCAUCCCGACGUGGCCAAGCAGCUCAACAACCUCGCGCUGCUGUGCCAGAACCAGAAUAAAUAUGAAGAAGUUGAGCAGUACUACCAGCGCGCGCUGGAGAUCUACGAAAGCAAGCUCGGGCCCGACGACCCCAACGUGGCCAAGACCAAGAACAACCUCGCCUCUUGCUACCUCAAACAGGGCAAGUACAAAGAAGCAGAGACAUUAUACAAACAAGUCCUUACACGGGCACACGAAAGGGAAUUCGGAACUAUUGAUGGGGACAACAAGCCGAUCUGGCAGGUGGCGGAGGAGCGCGAGGAGAACAAGCACUUGCAGAAGGAGAACGCGCCCUACGGCGAGUACGGCGGCUGGCACAAGGCUGCCAAGGUGGACUCGCCGACGGUGACGACGACCCUGAAGAACCUCGGCGCGUUAUACCGCCGCCAGGGCAAGUACGAGGCCGCCGAGACGCUCGAAGACUGCGCGCUCCGCAGCAGGAAAGAGGCUCUGGACAUCGUGAAGCAGUCGCGCGCGCGGGCGCGGCGCGGCUCGCGCGAAGCCCUGGACGCGCCGCCGCUCGCCGACCACCACGACGAGGGCACGAAUCAAGCGAGUGAGCCACGCAUGAACCUAAAAUCAAAGUUGUUCAAUGCGCUAGGAAUCAACACUGGGAGUAGCGCGCCCCACCAGUAGUAUAAGAUGUAGCUGUCUAGGCUUAAUUAAGUACUCACUCGCUUACAACGUACGUGGUCCUUUCAGUCUGCGCGCAAUCGACAUCGAAUCAUGUCAGGUACAUGAGAAUACGACCCUUGCUGUCGUUUUUCGGGUGUCAGUGUACUGAAAAUUAGUACAGGAGGAGUAUAUCGUGCACGCGAUGUUAUAGUUUUGAUUAUGUUGUUUGCACGCUUGAAGAAUGCUUUUGCCCGACAAACGGUCAUUUUAUACUACUUAAAUUUCUCUCACAAAAAUGAGGGUGUCGUUCGAUUGUGCUAGGACAUAUAUCGCUCACUAUUUCCAAAGGAUCACUUAUGUUACGGCCGGUGGUUUUGAACGCUGCAGUGUGGUCUCUGUGAUCAUUUUUUUAACGUAGGUCGGCACGAUUCGCAUUUCCUCACACUGCAGGGUUCAAAGCGACGGGAUAUUAUUAGCUUAGUAUUAUUUAUUAGCAUUAGCAUGCGGUAGGUAACCAUAAUAUUAUUAUGCGAAAAAAAUAAAAAAAUACAAAUAAUAUUGUGUGAUAGAGAUACACUAUUGAGCAUGUGAGCCGUCCGUAUAAAAAUUUAAAGUGUUAUUAGAGUCUAAAAUACCACUUGUGCGACGGUGUAAUUUAUAAAAAAUCCAUUUUCAUUAUUUUAAUUAUUAUGACCUCUUAUGUCGCAGUGUAUAGUUGCAUUUUAAAUAACUAAAUGUGAUUGCAAUAUUAUUUCAAAUUAGUAUUUUAUCGCUGUAUUUCUUAUAAAUAAGUAAAGUAUUGUAAACAUUUAGGUAUUUAAAUUGUAACUGUUUGAGAUCUAUUAAAUUUGCAUUUAUUAAUUGUGGAGUGUCCGAGAAUAUUGUAAUGGCAUAUAAAUGAUUAUUUUAAUUCGCGCAUGUUUUAAACAACGAUUUUUAUUCGCUUACUUAUUCAAUUUUAAUUUGCUGAUAUUUUUCAUAAUAUGUUGUUCUUUGUAUAAAAGAAUGCAUGAAUGUGAUUUUAUCAUUGUGAACGUUCAUUAUGUAUUUUAUGUGUUGCCAGUAGUCAAUUUAAAUAUUUUAUUCAUAUUGUCAAAUAAUUUUAUGCUUACAUAAACUUUCAUUCCAGUUUUUAGUGUACGUUUAUCGGUUUAAGCUUUAUGUGAGAGUAUAGGUGAUAAAAUAAUAUAGUAUUUUUAUAUACAAUUAAAUUUUUAUAUUUGUAUGUGGGUGCUGCUUGAAUGGUGAAAUUUUACUCUAUUUGCACUAGAAUAUAAUUUAAACAUGAGACAACAUCAGCGAUUAAUCUUGUAGCUUCAACAAUGGAACAUAUAUAAAGAAUCUCCAUUUAAAGGCACAUUUCCCUGUCACAAUGCUGAAAUACGGUUAAUUUUUAUCGUCUCGAUAAUAAUGUGUCGAAUUUUUAAUUGUUAAUAAAUAUUUAUGUAACA